AUGUUCUUGCAACACCGAGUAAGAAAGACGGUGUCCUCUCCACACACUGUUAUCCGCGAGCCUCCUUCAUACCUCACAAUGUCAAAUCCUAAUACUCCGGAGAUCUUUUGUAAGUCAGAGUUAUCAGUGAAUGACGCCUUUGGCUCGGGCGACGAUGUGUUUCUCGUGUGCUCGCACUCCGAAGUGAACACCCCGCGCAAGAUCUUUAUCGGUCGCAAUCGCGCAAAGACGUAUUUAGGACAAGAGACACUCAACACAGACAACUUUCAAGUCUCGCCGCGGACUCGGAUGCAAUCGAUCGUCGAGACUAAAGAACUCAAAGGCCUUUGGAAGAAUGAGUCCGAGCAACCCAUCGAGAAUCUCCUCCAGACUUCCACUCUCGAGCCACAAAAGCAUCCUUCCCCAACUCAGAAACAACAAUCCCCAAGAGAAAGAUUUCUCCGUCUCGGCGAGAUGAACAACUCCUUGAGUCGCUCAAUGGUCGAGAUCUCAACACAAUUGAAGAUAUUGGAGGAGAUGUCCCCAAAGGAGACUGACGUCGAAGAAACAGAAAUAGUUAUACCAAAGCGUUGUUGUCUUGGGCAACGCAGACAAAACCACAACGAUACUUCAGUAAAAUCAGCGGAGUAG